GCGUCAUGCGUCAUCAUUACGGGCCACGGCCGACUGCGUUAUUUCCACACAGCGACUCGAUUUCCUCUAUUUUCAUCAAAUAACACGAAAAAGCAGAGUGUUAACGUCGGUGUGGAUGUUUCUAUAAGUUUCUGUAGGUGCUCUCUGUCUCUGACUCGGUUGCCAUGGCGUCUCCAGGGGGACAAGGAGGAGGAGGAGCUCUGUCGACGAGAGGAGGCGCAGCCAGAAGGAUGAAGUGGGCUCUGGAGCUGAGUUUAGGCAACACCAGGAGUCGUGACCGGCAGGGCGGUCAGGGAGAUGUCGUUUACCCCAUCGGAUACUCUGAGAAACCCGUCCCCGACACCAGCAUCCAGGAGACGGACAAGAACCUGGUGGAGAAGCGUUGUUGGGAUGUGGCUCUGGGACCCCUGAAACAGAUCCCCAUGAACCUGUUCAUCAUGUACAUGUCGGGAAACACCAUCUCCAUCUUCCCCAUCAUGAUGGUCUGCAUGAUGGCCUGGAGGCCCAUACAGGCGCUCAUGUCCAUGUCUGCCACUUUCAAGCUGUUGGAGAGCUCCAGUCAGCAGUGGCUCCAGGGGCUCGUCUACCUGAUCGGUAACCUCCUGGGCUCGGCGUUGGCCAUCUACAAGUGUCAGUCGAUGGGACUGCUCCCGACGCACUCGUCUGAUUGGCUCGCCUUCAUAGGACCGCCGCAGAGGAUGGAGAUCAUGGGCGGAGGGAUGGUGUUGUGAAGCGGACGGAGCACGUGCACAUAAAGGAUUCAAAUAUUUACAGAAGUUAUUUACAGUUUUUCCACCUGCUCCUGACACGGCUGAGAUGCAACAGAAUUCUCUUUGUCCAAAAAAAACAAAAAACAAAAAAAAACCCACAGAUUCGACCUCCGCUGCACUAACGUCGGCGGUUGUUAACGGGCGAGAUGGUUCGUUAAAUCGGCGGCAGGAUGUGCGGCGCAGCUUUCUACCUGGGCUUCAUCCGCCACACACACACACACACAGAUAUUGUAACAUCUCUUCAGCCUGCUGCUCUGCUUCAUGUCCUCUGCAUCUUUAUAAAGGGUUAAAUUUCAGCAGAUUUUCAUUUUGACUACUGUAUUUUUUUUUUAUUUUCAACUGAAAUUUGCUUCACAUGUAUCUGCUUACAAAAAAGGUUUAUAAAGUUGUUUCUCAAAAUGCUUUUUACCCAUUUUUUGUGGCAAAAAAUCAUUAAAACCAUAACUUUUAUCUUAAGUAUUUUCAUUUUCAGGCAAGAAAGCAACCACCAGUUGUCCUUUUAGGUUUUAUUGCAGUAGAAUAGCGUUACUUUCCUCUUUUUCACUCUUCUUAAUUUUCUGUUCAUUUCUCAGUUUCUUCAUCAUGUCAACUUUUAGCAUGCUAGCCUGCAACAUUUACUAACCUGUUUAAUUUAUAGGUCUUGUUUAAUUUAUACUGAUUUGCUCUAUGAAAAAUGUUCUAUGAAAUAAAUCCUUAUUGGUUGAAUUUAAAUAUUUUCAACUGUCAAUAAAAUGUGUUGGAUGAAAAAUCUUAA